GACGUGUUCGGGCUGAAGUUUACGUCGUCGAGUGUCAAACGUUGCAGUCGAUGGCGUGAGGCCAUGGUACUCUACAUUUGGACACCAUGGGGGCAAUAACGCCGCCGACGGAGGUGAUUAACGAUGAAUCUGCUGCUAAAGCGAAGAAAUUACGCUCCGAAAACGCCGUGGUGGAUGAAGAUACAGCGGAUUCUGACCGUCGAGUGCGGUCGUGGUAUGCGCACAUGGUGUUGAUCCACUUGUCCGAGUUUGGAGCCGAAGCAGCGCGAGGUCUUGUGCUCCCUACAUUGUUUACGUACGUCCAGGAGCUUGGUGGAGGCCUGACGGAUAUCGGUCUGCUCACUGCGCUCUUCAGUGUUGGAAGAUUCUUCUCGUCGCUCUUGUUCGGAUGGCUUUGUGACCGCACGUCGUUUAAAGUGCUGUAUAAUGUGGCUGGAGGCUGCGCAGUGGUGGGGAACUUGCUGUACAUUCUGCCAUACAGUCCGUCAGUACACAGUAGGACGGUACUCGCGUUAAGUCGGUUUGUUAUUGGCUUUGGCGCCGGUAACCGAAGUGUCUGUCGAGCUAACAUCGCGAUGCUCACACGAGUGGAUCAGAGACUACAGUACUUUACACUGUUUGCAACGGUAGUUUUUCUAGCUUACGCGUUGACGCCAGGACUGGGGAGUAUCGUUGGAGACACACAAGUUAAGAUUGGAGGCGACGUGAUCCAGUUUAACCGCUUCACGGCUCCAGGUUUCCUGCUAGUUACUCUUAACUUGUUCACCAUCGUCUUCAACAACCUCAUCUAUGACGACUCAAUAUCGCGCGAUGACGCCCCAGACUCUCCAGUAAUUGUCAAAACUACAACAACUUCUUCACCGAGUAGUACGAAGCCAACGGACAAGACUCUAACUGUUAUCGUUCACGAUAGCGACGUUGAGAAGAAAGCCUCUCAAACUGUCCAAAGAGAAGUACAGUCUUCUAUUCUCUCCGAUCGUGCAGUGACAGUGGGGAUGCUGGUGUUUAUCUUCUUGAAUUUCAUCGCUCGUGGGAUCCUCUCAAUUUUCGAGACCGUAAACGUACCGCUCUUCCUGGAAAUGACGAACCGAAAUACUACAGCCGAACAGGACUCCGUUGAGGCGUCACAGGAUGCAUCAACGUUCUACCUAGUCGUUGGUCUGCUUGGAUUGUUUUCUUAUGGCUCCGUACAGAUACUACGCAAGAAAGUAUCCGACGUGAGUUAUUUGCUCUUUGGCUUCUCCAUGCUGCUCGUUGGCAACACAAUUCUGUUGACAUUAUGCACAGGCAUGCACGUGAACAACGAGCGAAGUGAUGACAUCGAUGAAGACCAUUCUCAGCUACAGUUCAACGUAUUUGUGGUAGCUGAAGUCUUCGUUUGGAGUGUCGGUUGUCCGUUAACUUCGGCUGUGGUGGUGUCUGCGUUCUCCAAAGUGCUCGGGUCACGACCUCAAGGUUUUCUAAUGGGAGUGUUUGGCGCUUCUGCGUCGGUAGCGCGAAUGGUUUUGCCGUUCUUGCCUAGUAUACUGGCAUCAUGGCCACUGCUUUUCCUCGUCAGUAUGGUACUUUGUGCGAUCUGUAUUCUCGUACUCUCAUUGUAUCUCGGAUUCAUAUCCAGACAAGGUGCUGAUAAAUCUACACGAACUUACGAUAGCGUUCAACUACACUCCGACGGACGGGAGCAAGUAACCGGAUCAUAAAUAACUUACAUAUUCUCGAUUUUAACGGCCGAGAUGGAGUUGAAAGUCACGCCGAUCUGUGGACGAGACUAUAGCGUCCUUGAUAAACACGGUACUGUCGUGAAGAAGGAUCUGUUCGGUGGGAAGGACUGCCGUUUGCCUUCAUAUCGGGGAAUCUGUUGGAAUCCCUUGACCCGAUGUCUGUUAGUGUGUGAUAUUGAGCAUUGUUGUGUCUAUUCAUACGCUGUAAGCUUCUGUGCAGAUGAAACUGGAGAGAUGACAAUGGUAUUCAACCAUAACAACCCUGCUAUGGCUAUUGGGAAUCAUGGGUCAUCGCCUGGUCAGUUUAAUCACCCCGUCGCGGUAGCUGUAAAUCUUCGUGGCGAAAUCGCAAUAGCUGACGGGAAGUUAAAUCGUGUCCAGAUAUUCUCCGGAAGUGGUGAGUUAGAGCACGGUUUCGGACGUCCAGGUUCUGCUCGAGGGGAAUUUAAAGGCAUCAGUGAUUUAAAGUUUACUCCUCGAGGUCAUGUAGCCAUUGUGGACUCUGGGAAUCACCGUAUUCAAGUUGUUAGUGCGACUGGAAACGUUGUGCAGGUGAUUGGUCGAUACGGGUGGAAAAUUGGACAGUUCAUCAACCCGUGUGCUCUAACCGUCAAUGGAAAAGGUGAAUAUUUCGUGUGUGAUGAAGGUAAUAAACGUAUCCAGCGACUGUCGGAUAGAGGACGGCCUUUAUUGGAGUGGGGCAGCCAUCGUGGACCCACCCCGGAACCUGAAACAAUAACAAUAACGGCUACGAAUGAUGAGCUUCGGCCGGUAAUUUACUCUGUAUUCGGCGCACCAUGUGACGUAGUUGUGGGACUUCAUGGAGAGAUCAUCGUUUGUGAUGCGGGAAGACGCGAACUUCUGGUGUUCUCGGACGCUGGGGUCUGUCUUCACGUUGUCAGUGCACCUCAUAUUUUUGAAAACAACAGUCCAGCCGCAAUCGCAAUUUGUUCUAGUAUGUUGGCGACAAUCGCUAC